AUGACGGAGGAGAGCAGAGGCAAGCGGAGGAAGCAGGCGAACCCCAGGAGGAACCGAGUGGAUGCUGAGCAAGCAACUUCACUGGGCUCGGAGGGGGAGGAUGAGGUGGGCCUGUGGAGCCUGGAGCCGCAGGACUGCCAGGAGAGCCUGGACAAGACGAGCCUGACGCCCAGCGAGGGGACCGAGGAGCCGGGCAGCCCCCCCCGCUCCACCCGCCCGCACAGCCUCAGCCCCGGCGCCAGGAACUACUGGGCGCAGGUGGAGCCGGACGCCGAAGCGGCAGAGGACGGCAUCACUGCAUCCACCACUCACCAGGAUGGAGAGCAUGAAACAUUGAGGAUGUACUGUAAGAGCUCAGAUUCCCAGAAUGCCUUUGAGGACCUGGCUCACUAUGAAUUCUUGGCCCAGUUGAAGAGGGCCUCUACCUCCGCCAGUCUCUUGGACCAUCUGAGCCACAAUGGCACGGCUGCAGCGUACCACCAGGGCAGCCGGCACGACGACCUGCCGCCCGCUAUCUGGUCACCAGGAGCUCAGCACAGCUCACCUGAGGGAGCAGAUGCAGCGCGGAACCAGCAGGUUUGUCCGUUCUGCCACAGGAUGUAUCAGCGAGGAGCCACUUUGAGGGAACACCUCAAGUACUGUCAGGAGAGGGAGGGGGGGCACAUGGUGUGUCCACUCUGUGGAUACACUGCCCCCCAUAGGGCACAGAUGGAGCAGCACCUGGCUCUUCACAAUCAAAUGCAGGACAAGAGUCCCAUCAUGCUUGAUCAAGGCAUGGAGACCAGGAAGUUCAAAUGUAUGCAGUGUGGCAAAGCGUUCAAGUACAAACACCACCUCAAAGAGCAUCUCCGCAUCCACAGUGGUGAGAAACCGUACGAGUGCUCCAACUGCAAGAAACGUUUCUCUCAUUCUGGCUCAUACAGCUCUCACUUAAGCAGCAAAAAGUGCCACAGCGGUGGAGGGAACGGAGGGGGACAUACAGGAGGAGCCAGCGGGGCUUUUAAUGGACACAACCAAAGCCCCUACCACCCCUCAUAUCUCCAGUCUCCCUCUGCAGGCAGGGGGAGAAACAGCAGCGACAACAGCUCCCCUUUGUCCUCACAGAGCCAAGACAAUUCCAGGUCUCUGGGCCGAGUACCAGAAGAUCCUCAUCAGCUUUUGCUGCAAGACCUUAACCAGAACCCUGCAGCCUUCGCCAAAGCUUUGGAUCUGGCUCGGUUCUGGGACCCCUCGGCAGAGCUGCCCCUGAGGGCCAGUAUCCUCAAAGGGACCACCCUAUUGCCUUAUCCCUACUCUGGGACCAAAUUUGAGGAGAUGCUGCAGGAGGUGCUUCACAGGGACGGGAAGAACAAUGAGGAGAUGGAAAGAGAAGGAGGCGCCGCAGCAGAGGAAAGGAGGGUGACUCACAAUGGAGGAGGGAUUGAGAGUCAGAUGUCCCCUGAUCGAAGGAGGGAGUCAGGUGAAGGUGAGAGAUGCGUGCUCGGGGUGACGUGUCGCUGGUGCUCCCAGCUGUUCCCCAAUGUGGCCGUGCUCCUGCAGCACGAGCGCUACCUCUGCAAGAUGAACCCUGAGGCCAUGGAGGUGCCCGAGGGUCUUCGCGUUAAAGGCCACUCCUCGCCACCUUUGUUUUUCCCCAGAUCUGCUCUCAAACUAGAAAACAGCAAACCAGGAGAGGUCCCCAAUGGUCUCUGUGGACACAAGUCACCGUUGCACAAGCCCAGCUGGCACUCGGUACCGCAGCAGCUUUUGGUCGCGAUGCACUCUCCCACAUCGUCCCACCACGAUACCCUGUCCGCGCGGGCGUUUUGGUCCAGCCAGGAAAAGGGAAGCCCGAGUCUACAGAGCAACCACUCCCCAGAUCUGUCUUCACCCAGAGCCAGAAGAAGAGUUCCCUCGUCAGGAUUCAGUUCUCCUGUCUGCCUCGACCUCACCAACUUCCCUCCUGAAAUCUCCUCACCUCAGAUCCAGACUGGAAGCCCCUGGUCGGCACAGAACGAACCUCUGGACCUCUCCCUGCCCAAGCAGCUCUCAGGCCAAGAGGGGAGAAACAGAACUGUUAACGGCAGCUCAGCCAGAGGCGAGAAGAGAGAGCUUGGGGCCCAGCAGCAGCUGAAGAGACUUAUGUCCAACCUAAGUCCGACUUCACAUCUACCCUUACACUACCACCACCCGGUUUACAGUGGGGCCAGAACUCCUGUGUUUCCAGGGUCCUUAUACAAUGGUUUUCCUCUCAUCAACCAGUCUGGUUUGGGACUCUCAGGACAUGAUGGCAUCACACAGAUUCCAUUCAGUCAGCCAGCUAAUAGCGCCGGGUUCCUCUCUCCUAUGGCCUACAUGAUGGAGGCGGAUGCAGAGGCCACGCUGAAAAAGAUCCACCAGGAGAGACAAGCUCUGAUGGGUGAGGUGUUAAGCCGCGGAGCACUGGACUAUCUCUCUCUAAUGGAUGAAAGUAUGGAGGGAGAGGGUGGACCCGGGAGGAAGAGGCUGAAGAAGACAGAGGAGGGGAUGUAUGCUUGUGACAUUUGUGAAAAAACAUUCCAGAAGAGCAGCUCGCUGCUUCGACACAAAUAUGAGCACACAGGCAAACGUCCUCACGAGUGCAAGAUCUGCAACAAGGCCUUCAAGCACAAGCACCAUCUGAUCGAGCACAGCCGGCUGCACUCUGGAGAGAAACCAUACCAAUGUGACAAAUGCGGAAAGCGCUUCUCUCACUCCGGCUCUUACUCCCAGCACAUGAACCACCGCUACGCCUACUGCAGCAAAGACCAGGAUCCAGACCAAGACCCCGAGGAGAUGCCUUUCGGCCCGGGGGCGGGCGGCAUGCUCGCGGGUCGGCUGGCUGACGACAACCCUUUGUCCCUGGAGGACACACAAACUCCGCACUCUUUCCUCAGCGACUCCAGUCUGGACGGGGCUACAGAGGGACUCAAAGAGGAGGAGGAGGAGGAGGAAGAGAGAGAGGCAGGGGUUAGCGAUGGUCAUGUGGAAGAGGCACAUGAGAGUGUGUCAGGAGAGCGUUUGGAAGGUCGAGUCGUCCAGGAUUCACCAGCGAGGGAGCACGGAGAGCAAGAUGAGAGAAGCGGCUGCGAUGGGGAGAACAUCACAGAGAGUCACACGUGGGAACGGGUCACUGAGGACCAGAGAGGAGACUUGGACAAAUAUGAACUCAACCUGGAUAUAACAGAUUUACCCAGGAUAAAGACUUAA